GUUCUGAGCGCGGCUGCUCUCCCCUGGCAGCUCUCGCGGAGGCGGUGACGUGUUCGCAUUCCGGGGUCUCGAGCGGAGAGCGACGCCGCAGCCAGGGCCGUUUCUCAGAAUGUCUGAAGGGGACAGUGCAGGUGACUCCAUUCAUGGCAAACCAUCAUCAAUCGCUAGCUUUUUCACAAGGCUUGGGCAGAUUUACCAGUCGUGGUUAGACAAGUCCACACCAUUUGCAGUGGUCCGGUGGGUUGUCGCUCUAAUUCUAACUGUCAUCUAUUUGAUAAGAGUAUAUAUACUGCAGGGAUGGUAUAUUGUUACGUACGCUCUUGGAAUCUACCAUCUCAAUCUCUUCAUUGCUUUUCUGUCGCCAAAAGUGGAUCCGUCACUACUGGACGACGCAGAUGAAGGUCCUGCAUUACCUACAAAGCAGAAUGAAGAAUUCCGACCCUUUAUAAGAAGGCUACCAGAGUUUAAAUUCUGGCACUCUGCAACGAAAGGCAUUGUGGUUGCAAUGAUUUGCACGUUCUUUGAUGCCUUCAACGUGCCAGUGUUCUGGCCUAUUCUCGUCAUGUACUUCAUCAUGCUUUUCUGUAUCACAAUGAAGAGGCAGAUUAAGCACAUGAUCAAGUACAGAUAUCUACCAUUUACACACGGGAAGGCAAAAUACAAAGGCAAGGAAGACACAGGGAAGUCCUUUUCCAGUUAGAAUAAAUGUUACCACCUGAAAAAAAAAAAGAAAAUCCUUAACUUGGGGUGGGAAGGGACAAAAAAAAAAAAAAAAAAAAAGUGGAAAAGAGUUUUGAUCCGUUGUGACGGUGUUGGACAGCAGACCGGUAAAAGAUUUACAUAAACAGAUUAUGCUCCCCUUGAUACGAAAAGGUUCUCGCUUGUAGAUCGUAUUUCAGUGGACAUUUCGGAACAGGUUUUUAUUGGAAUUAUGCAGUGUUUGCCUUCUGCCCUCCCCGUGGGGGAUGGUUCAAGCUGCUGUUGAGUGAGGUACAGAAAUGUAUUACCGGAGUUCUGCUCCUGCGUCUCUUGUCACUGUCUCAUUGGGGUCAUUCAUCUUCCAGCUACUUUCAGGGGAAAAAAACCCAAUAAAACAAAAAUCGGCAUUGUAUCCACCCUUCUGGUCAGGUCAUGUGCGUCGUACCUGCCCAGUUGUUCAUUCUGUUAAAUUCUAGCACAGUGCACAUAGAUCUGUUUUGCCAAUUAUCUUGUUCUGACUUUUAAAAGCCUCACUUUUUAUUAGGAAGUAGUUCAAUUAUGGAAUCCUAUCAUUCCUAAGGAGAUUUAUUUUUUAGUGUUUGUUGCUCUUGUUCCAGGGGUCUAAGGGAUGGAAGGGGCAUUUCUCUUUUUGUUUUUAUCCUCUCCAUAUAUAUAUAUAUAUAUAUAUAUAUAUAUAUAUAUAUAUAUAUAUAUAUAUAUAUAUGAUGUGAUUUUGCUGGCGUGCCAGAGGUGCAGUCGUGCUGUGAACGAUAGAGAGGGUUCAGGACGCUGCUCUUGUUGUGGAAGGGAAGAGAAACAUGGAACAAGAAAAGCAUGUGUCCGAAUCACCAUUUCACUAAAGGAUCAGAACUUUUUUUCCUGGUGAAAGUGUAUCAUGUUUUCUUAGGGGUUUUGUUCAGGGUUUAUAUAUAUUAAAAAGGGUAAAUAGUUUUGAGAUUAUUUUGAAUGCAUCAUAUUUUGCUUUACAAACAUUACUGUUUCCAGGUGUUUUUUUUUUUUUUUUUUUUUUUUAAUUUAAUGUAUCGAUUUUAUUUCUUGUAAACAAUCUCAUAGAAAUGAAAAAGUAGCCCUUGAGCAGUAGCUUUAUAAUCCAGUUUCUUAAAAAAAAAAAAAAAAAAAAAAACAAAGAAAAGAAAUAUGUAAAAAUGCAUGUGUGAUGAUUUUUCAUGUCGUCCUCCAGGUAAAAAAAAAAAUUAAAAAAAAAACCCCCAAACGUGAUUUUAUUAACUUAAGUGUAAUUUUUCACUUCAGAUGUUAUUAAAGAGACGGUGUCCCUU